GUAAAGCAAGAUGGGAAGCCCAACACACAUAUUGAAAACCCAGACGAUGAGGAAUCAACAAAUGUGGGUCAAGCUCAAUCACAAAAAAAAGAAGGAAAAUAAAAGCCCAGCAACAAUUCAAGACUUUUCUAGAAGUAAGGAGGCUGCUUAUGUCAACAUAGAAACCGAAGAUGAAGAUCCAUUCUGGAGAAGAUAUGAAAGAGAACAGGGACACAUAGAAGAAUGGAUGAGCAGGCGAGCAGAAGCGAGCUCAACGAAGAAAAAGAGGAAAGUUAAAUUGUGCAGAUCGGUGUAUGCAAAAUCAAGAGCAGUGGGAGCGGGUUAUAAACAGAAGAAAAGACAAGGAAAACAGAGCAUGCAAGAUGAAGAGAGGAGAAUCGAACUGAAAUUCCUAGCUAGCCCAAACAGGAAGAUCACGGGUGGCUCAGUAGGAGACAGUGGAAUCCAAAAUUGCAAUAGAUGCCUAAAGAAGCAAAUGCAAAACCAGCUAGCAAAGGAAAUCUGGGAUCUUGCAAAACAGUUGGGGGCAGUGGCAGAGGAUGACAGGGAGAUUAUUCAAAGAAUUGAGGAGAUGGAGAGUAAAGACAUCCGAGCUAAAGCGGUUAUGGCAAAUCACGGUACUGAGAGUAAGAAGAAGGUGAGUCAUGUUCCUGGUGACUUUAAUGCUGUAAGAAGUAUAGAGGAAAGAGCAAGAUGUAAGGGGAUGUCUGCAGAAAUGAGGGAAUUUGAUGACUUCAUCCACAAUGUUGAUCUGAUUGACUUACCUUUAGUGGAUCUAUGGAAGCACCUAAGAAUCAAGGAGAGAAUGUGGCAACAAAAGUCACGAAUGGUUUGGUUGAAAGAAGGGGAUGCGAAUACAAAGUUCUUCCAUAGAUGUAUGAAAGGAAGAAGCAGAAGAAACGAAAUCAAUUGCAUCCAGAUAAGUGGGGAACAACACACUGGGGUAUAUGAAAUAAAAAAAGAAGUUGCUAAGUACUUCAAAGACCUGUUUACAGAAGAGAAAUGGAAAAGGCCAAAGCUUUAUGGGAUCAACUUCAAACAGAUUUCAGGGGCAGAUAAUGAACUCCUCACAGCCACAUUUUCAGAAAAGGAAAUCAAAGAAGCAAUUUGGGAGUGCGGAUCUUCAAAAGCUCCAGGUCCAGACGGGUUCAAUUUCAGCUUCAUUAAGGAGAUGUGGGAAGACAUCAAAGUUGAGAUCAUUAAUUUUGUACAAGAGUUCUAUAAGACUGGAAGAAUUGCCAGCGGAUCAAAUGCAUCCUUCAUUGUCAUGAUUCCAAAAGUCGAGAACCCGCAAAGAAUAGAAAAAUACAGGCCUAUCUCGCUUAUUGGAGUCAUGUAUAAAAUUAUUGCAAAAUUGUUAGCAAAUCGCCUAUGGAAAGUGCUUCCAAAGGUCAUUGGGGAACAACAGAUGGCAUUUAUCAGGGGUAGACAGUUGGUAGGCGGAGUUGUGAUAGUGAAUGAAGUCAUUGAAGAGGUCAAGAUAAAGAAGAAGAAAAGCUUUCUAUUCAAAGUUGAUUUCGAGAAAGUUUAUGACAAGGUCUGCUGGGAUUUCAUUGAGUAUAUGAUGAUGAGGAUGGGAUUUAAUGCUACCUGGAGAAAAUGGAUACGGGAAUGUCUAGCAUCAAGCUCGAUUUCUGUUCUCAUUAAUGGAAGCCCAACAAAUCAAUUCUCGGUCAGUAAAGGUUUAAGACAAGGCGAUCUGUUAUCCCCCUUCCUAUUCUUAAUUGUGGCAGAAGGGCUUAAUGGGCUAAUGUCCUCAGCAGUGGAGAAACAACUUUAUAAAGGCGUGGUGAUUGGUAACGAAGGAGUCUCGGUUUCACACCUACAAUUUGCGGAUGAUACUAUCUUCUUUGGAGAGGCAUCGGAGGACAAUAUUGGGGUUAUUAAAAGCAUAAUGAGAACAUUUGAGCUGAGUUCUGGUCUUAAAAUCAAUUUUGGCAAGAGCCAACUAAUAGGGAUAGGUGUUGACGACAAUUGGAGAAAUAAAAUGGCAUUUAAACUGUGCUGGAUUCUCAGAGACUCUGGUGAUGGUAAAUGCGUCCUUUGUAAUGAGGAAGAUGAAGGCUCUACACAUCUGUUCUUAAAAUGCAAAACAACCAAAUGGGUGUGGCAAGAGUGUGCUAAAUGGUGGGGGAUCGAGAUUCUACUGGAGAGGGAUUGCUGGAAAUCUUUUCAGCUGUUUAGGAAAUGGAGUAAAGAUCCACGGCUAAGGGAAGGCUGGGGUUGCAUUUGGAGUAACUUAAUUUGGUCAAUGUGGCUUGCCUGGAAUCAAAUGAUUUUCCAAGACAAAAAAAUAGACCGGGGAAAGUUGCUAGAAACUAUCCAAUUGAGAUCCUAUCAAUGGGUUACUACAAAAUGGGACAGGUAUGCCUUCAGCCUUUCAGAUUGGCUUGUGAACCCGGCAGAAUGGCUUAAAGGUCACAAUGCUGGACGAAGGAAAUAGGAAUAGAGACUGAAGGGGUUAUUUUGCUGUAUGAUUGUUGCCUAGUGUAAAAAGGGUUUGAGUACCCCUUGUACUCACUUUAAUAUAAUAUAUGACUGCUG